AUGCGUCAUCCUGCUGCAGAACAGCGAGUGACGGCCCUGCUGUCGGCACUCCAGCCCAGCCCUGCCUCGGAAGCGAGGCGCCUGGCCAUAGCGCACUUGAUCUGCUCCAUCAUCCGUAAAUGCUUCCAUAACGAGUAUGAGGUGGAGGCCUUCCUCUUCGGAUCUGUCCCUCUGCGCACCUACCUCCCCGAUGGUGACGUCGACGUCAGCAUCUUCUGCUCACGACGCACGGAUCAGGCCACCCUGCGGGGCGUAUGGGCCCCUCGCCUCGUCCGUGCAUUAGAGUGGGAGGCCAGGCGGGGGCCCGUCCACCUCCCCAUCCGGGACAUACAGGUCAUCCAGGCCGAGGUGCAGCUGGUGAAGUGCAUCGUGUCGGGUGUGGUGGUGGACAUCUCCUUUGAGACGGUGGGAGGCCUCUGCACGGUGGCCUUUCUGGAGAGCAUGGACCGCCGCAUCGGGAGGGCCCACCUCUUCAAGCGCAGCAUCCUCUUGAUCAAGGCCUGGUGCUACUACGAGUCCCGCCUGCUGGGCGCCCACCAUGGCCUGCUGAGUUCCUACGCCCUGGAAACCCUUGUGCUGAAUGUCAUCAACCUGCACCACAGCGUGGUGCACACCCCCCUCCAGGUCUUGGCCAAGUUCCUGGAAGUGUACAGCAGUUUUGAGUGGGAGCGGGCCCUGGCGCAGUACGCCGUGCCUGCCGCGGGCCCGCCGCCCUCCUUCCCCCGGCGCCACAUCAACAUUGUGGACGCGCUGCUGCCGGGGAACAACCUGGGACGCAGCGUGUCCAAGGCCUCGGCCUCCCGCUUCGCCUCGGCCUUUGCGCUUGGCCUGCGCACACUGCGCGGGGCCGUGGACAGGUCGCCCUCAGGGGCGAUUGAGGGCGUGGACGCCUUCUUCAAGAACGCAUGGCAGGCCCCCAUGCGCGCGGCGGCCGAGGCGGCGGCCUGCCUGGCGGGGCUGGCCUCCCUGGGGCCCCUCGGCUGGGAGGGGCUGGGCGCGCUGCCGAGGGCCCUCGCGCCGCGCCCCGCGUGGGUGUCCCAGCGCGCCCAGCGCGCCCAGCAGGCGACGGCGCCCUGGUCGCCGCAGCCGCCCAGCGACGGCCUGCAGGCCGACCUCCUGCGCAGCGACCUGGCGGCCCUGCUGGCCAACAUGGAGGCGGCGUGCCGGACCCGGACGCCGCGGGGGGGCGACGACUGGCCUCGCGGGACCGCGUCGCCUGCUCGCGCCGAGCCGCUGGAGCCCACCGCCGCACUCGCCGACCUCAGCCUGCGUGACGGCGAUGGCGCCCGAAUGGACCCGCGGGGGCGGGACGCUGGACAGCCCGCCGCGGCUGGGCGGCCAGGGGAAGCCAUGGAGGCCCCGUCAUCGCCGCCGGCUGGCAGCUCUGAUCCUACGCCGACUUUGCCUGCGACGCGAGACGCGGGAAACGGUGCCUCGCCAGGCGCCGAGAAUGGUGCUUUGCCAGGCGCUGCCGGGAGCAGCCCUAGACCCCCAGGGGCGACGCCAGCGCCGCUGGUGAGCUGGAGCGCCGUGGCAAUGGGCCUGCGGCGCGCCACCAUUGCCGAGACCCAGCGCGACCCAAACUCCAAGACCACGUCCCCAAAACUUCGCACAACAGCAUGA